GCAAUUUUAUUGAUAGAAAGAAGAUAAAAUUUUCAGUAAUCAUUGAUCAUUCGGCGUGCCUUCUAUAUACUUUAAAGUAAAUAUUAGGCAUUUUAUUAAUAUCAGGGUUUUUUUUUAAAGUUAACAAUGUUUACCCGCCACGCUACGUCCUUGAUUAUACGCAAUGGGUAUUUUAAUGCUUCAACGCCAAUAUUCAGACACCUCUCUGUGACUCAGGUGAAUAGGGAUAUCGUGAAGAUACAAAGUCCUGAAGAUUUCAAAGCUAAAGUGAUUAAUAGUAAAGUUCCAGUGGUCGUCGAUUUUUUCGCUACAUGGUGUAAUCCCUGUAGGCUUCUUACCCCACGCUUAGAGUCUAUAAUAACAGAAAAUAAAGGAAAAAUUCUUCUAGCUAAAGUGGAUAUUGACGAACAGACAGAUCUUGCAUUAGACUAUGACAUUAGUUCUGUACCUGUUCUUGUUGCUAUUAAGAAUGGUAAAGUACAGGAACGCUUAGUUGGAUUACAAGAUACAGAUAAACUAAGAAAAUGGAUUAACCAGUUUACAUCUGAGGAUUCUGAAGCCAAAGUAAAAACAUAAUAUCUUAUUAAU